UGAUCCUUCGCUUCGCUAAUCGCUAUGGGUAAUUUGGUUUCGAUCACCAGAACCAUCAUCGUUCUGGUUCCUUUCUUCUUCAUCUUCAUCUUCGCCGAAGCCCAAUCCCAAUCCCCCGGGAGCUUGAACUCCAACGACAACGUGGUUAAUGGAUUCCGGCCAAGUCUCGCCGUAGUCAUUGGCAUCCUUUCUAUAAUGUUCUCCUUAACCUUUCUCCUUCUCAUCUACGCCAAAUUCUGUCAUAGACCACUCCCUUCCGACCUCCUCGAUGACCCUGCCGACCUUGGCCGCUUUUCUGCUUCUGGGUUACUCGCCGGAGCAAGCUCUCGUUUUUCCGGGAUCGAUAAGACGGUGAUCGAGUCGCUUCCUUACUUCCGUUUCUCUACUUUGGAAGGAGCGAGAGAAGGGCUAGAGUGCGCUGUCUGCCUUUCCAAAUUCGAAGAUAUCGAGAUUCUUAGAUUGUUGCCCAAAUGUAAACACGCUUUCCACAUCGACUGUGUCGAUCGUUGGCUCGAUAAUCACUCUAGCUGUCCUCUGUGCAGGCAGAAGGUCGAACCUUCCGACAUCACCUUCUUCACUGCCACUUCUAACAGUUUGAGAAUCUCUCGGAACCCCUCUGAUCUCACCGAUGACCACAAUAUCGAGCUCUUUGUAAGGAGAGAGCAAGACCCUGAAAAUUAUCUUGGGGGUUCUUCGUCUUCCAGGUUCAGCAUCGGUAGCAGCUUUCGGAGAAUAGAAAAGGGCAAGAAAUUAGGGGAAGAAUUGCCAAUCCAGGAAGAACAACCCAUUAUCGAUGCUGAUAAUCGUAAUUUAGUGGAUGAAUUCAAUCGCAGGAUUAUAGUCUCCGAUGUCGUCUUCAAGAACAGAUGGAGCGAUGUCAAUUCUUCUGAUCUCAUGCUUUUGAAUUCGGAGAUGCUCAGAUUCUCAUCAUUGGCUUCGAGCAGUGAUCGAUUCACUUCUGCGACGGCAUUUUCCGAUAAUGGGUGUUCAUCAAAUGAGAUAAUUAUGAAGAUUAAGGAGGAGAUGGAGAAGAAGAAGGUGUUCGAGAGUAAACUCAGUAAGAUGAGAACGAACUAUUCAUUUUCUUCCAAGUCAAACUUCCCUUCUUCUUCGGGGUCCGAAUUGAAUCCAAAUGAUCAUCCGCCAGGUAUGUUGGUUCCAACAGGGGCGAGAUCCGUGUCAGAGAUUAUUAGCCUCUCGAGAUUUUCAGAUUACAGAGUAGAGAACAGAAUUAGAGAGUCGUCUUUGCAUCAUAACGGGAAAGACGAAAGGUUGAGGAAGGUUUGGAUACCCAUUGCGAGACGAACAGUUCAGUGGUUUGCUGGUCGGGAGAACAGGUCGCAGAGGAUAGUAAUUUGACGCCAUUGUUGUGUGGUUUGAACUCCCGAGUCCCAAGGCCUACAUGUGCUGCUGCCAUGGCGAAUCUCAGACAAUAUAUUCAGAUUGAAGGUGGGAAAAAUGGGUUUUGUUGGUCAAUUACGUGGAUUCUACUUAGAUACAGAUUCAAUUAUGAAGAAGACUUGAAAGCGAGAAAGAACAGAUUUUCAUUUUAUUCAUUCAA